CAGAUUCUGGUGAAAUCUGCACACUGUUCAUUGUUAAGCAGCUGACAAAAUGAAUUUUUCAAAGACUCAGGAAAUUCCUGGCAAGUUUACUAUCGCUUUGUUUGGAGAAAAGCCUGAUUUCAUGAGCAAGAUUGAAAAUACAAUCCUCCAAGGUCAUGGUACUUUUGGGAAGCCUUCCCCUUACUGUGAAUUGAAAGAGAAUGAUUCAUUCAGGAUCAUCAGUGCUCCUAAAUUCUUUGAUGAUGAAUGUAUGAAUCCAGACCAGAAGAUUAUUGACUUCAUGGCACUUUCAUAUCCUGGCCCUCAUUUGUUCAUACUGGCAAUAGAGUCAGAAAACACAUCUAAAGAAAAAGUAGGGAAUCAAAUCAAUGCAUUUAAAUAUAUCUUUGAAGAAAAUGUCACAGAAAAUUUAGUUGUCAUCUUAGAAAAACAAGAAAACAAUGAUUUACUCAGUUAUGUAGACAAAGUGUUCAAUGUCAAGUCGGUUAUUCUGAAAAGAAUGGAUUCAGUAUUUAUGAACUGGUCUUCAAACCAUCAGUCAUUUCAGUUUGACUACAAAAACUACAGCCACAAAAUUGUACAAAGAAGGAAACAUGAGUUGGAACACAAAAGAAAUGAAUUCCAUCCUUACAAUGACCCUCAGAGAACAGGUGGCAGUGCCCACAGUUCGUUAGAUGCUGUGUUUAACAUAGUUCUGCUGGGAAAAGGUGGGACUGGAAAGAGCGCUUCAGCAAACACAAUCCUGGCUGCAGAGAACUCCCUGCAGUCAAUGCUUCCAUCCCUGACAAUUGGGAAUAGCCAGCAGGAUUCAACCCCAUUUAAAUCCUAUCCAAGCUCAACACCAGUAACCACCAAGUGUGAGACCAGAAUGAUGAAGGUUGGGAGUGGAAAACAGAUUAGACUGGUUGACACCCCAGACUUCUUUCAUGAAGACAUAUCCAUGCAAGAGGCACAGCUGAAUGAGUGUAAGAAGUACUGUCAGCCAGGGCAGUGUGUGGUGUUACUUGUGAUACAGCUCGGCAGGUUCACAGAGGGCGAGAGAGGAAUAUUAGAGAACCUGGAGAAACUUCUUGGCUGGAGAAUCAGGGAAAAAACAAUCGUCCUGUUUACACAUGGGGAAAAUACUAAAUGUAACCUGAACGAGUUCAUUGUUACACGAAGUCACCUCAAGGAAAUAUUGGAAGCUUGUGGCAAUCAUUACCAUGUAUUCAAGAACACCUCCAAAGACUCUAAACAGGUCAAGGAGCUCAUCAAAAAAGUUGAACACUUGUUUCCAAAUUUGACAGAAAAAGACCCAUCUCCACAGUGCUGUUUGUGUUAGCUUUAACUUUGGUUGAUGUGCAGUGAAUGUCCCAAAAAAGUGAUCAACUCCAAGCCCGUUCUCACUCGUGACGUGUAAUAUACCGACGAUUUGUCACAUCCCGAGGCGUUCCAUGGGAAGGUGACCUUCCACAAUCCCAUGCUACGCGCCGGAUUGUGGAUGAAAUUGAAUAGAAUAACGCUCCCACGGUAACACACAUUCCAGCCGUGUACUACAGCCCUAACCAUAACCUUAUCCCUAACGUUAACCACCACCUUAAUCGUGUUAGUGUUUUCCAAAGCGAUUUAAGUCAAAUAAAUGUACAUGCGUAGAUUCAUUCAAAACAGUUCUCAUGUUUCCUCAUUUUUCCAAACUCAUAAUAUAGGGACGUGUUGGGUGGCCGAAAGUGUAAUAUACCAAUGAUUUGUCACCUAGUGUAAAAUGUUACGCUUUGGGAGUGAGAACGUGUUGUAAACUCCAUGUAUCAGUUUGUGGAGAAGGUACAAGUGUAAUCCUUUGAUGCAGUAUGAAUUUAUUAUUGUGUGUAUUUAUCUUGAUAGGUGUUCUGUCAUAGUAAUUCCAAUCUUCAAGUUUAGAAGGUUACUUAUUACUUAUACUUAUUUGCCUUUAAAUAUAUAUACAUAUUUUUUUUUUUUGCAACUUAGGAAAAUAAGUAUGAAUAAUCAAAUAUAAUGAAAAGAUAAUUAAAGACUUCAGUAUAGUUUAUAGAUAGUCAUUGUUCAUUUUUUUUUUCUCCUUUUUUUCUUCAUUGUUCAGUAUGUUCAGUAUUGAGAGAUCAAAACAGGUUGGAAGUGGGUGGGCAAUAUCUCCAGUUUUUCUUUUUUUUGUAUAUCAGAAACUUGGGGUAUGUUAAGGAAAGAUAGUUUAGAAGUAUCGGUAUAGCAUAACGUGCAUAAGACAAAAUGUUGAUGAGUAAAAUAUAACAAUUUCUAUACAUCCAGUUUAUUUGAUAUCUAUUCAAAACAAAAUGGAAAAUAAUGAUAAUAAUAAACUCAACUUA